AUGAGCCAUAGAGGGAGAUUAACGCUCCUCAAAAGUCCACUCGUUAAUGAAAAGCCGGGUGGACAUUCUCAGCCUUUCGAUUCGGAGCAUGGGAGAAAUGAAAUGUAUAUGUUCGAGACUCCUGAGUUCCAACGGCUUUAUAUUUUUGCUGACUACGCGCAGUUAUUCUACGACUUAUUUUUUGUGGCCAACCUCACUACGUUUACAAGUCUUCACGAAAUCAAUGGGGGCCAUACACUAACCUCAUACGCUGGGUUCUUCUGCAUUUUAUGGUUCACUUGGUGCCAAGUCAGUCUGUUCGAUGUUAGAUAUGUCAGCGAUGGCGUUCUGGAACGAUGUCUCAAAGCACUCCAAUUUGGUGUUAUGGUUGGGUUUGCAGUUGUUGGCCCUAAGUUAGAUCCUUAUGCGCAGAAAGCCACUAUAUUUCAAGCGCUGUCUUUGCUUCUAGCUGCGUCUAGGUUUGUGCUGUCGAUCCAGUACUUGAUUGUCCUAUUCCACGUCAAGAAAUACAAGAAAUCGCAAAUACCAUUAGCUCUUCUUGUAUUGAGCAGUUUCAUUGCUGGGUUGAUCUAUCUAGGCAUCUCAUUUGUCUUUAAGAAAGACCAUCCCUCUAACGUAUAUGCUGCUUGGUACAUUCUUGCUGUUGUCGAAAUCGGAAUCAACAUCAUCGUUUCCUCGUCUUGGAAAGUUGUUUCGUUCAAAGGCACGCAUCUCGUUCAACGCAUGUCCCUCCUGACCUUGAUCAUCCUCGGCGAGGGUAUCAUUGUCGUUUUUAAAUCCAUCGGGAAGAUCGUAAAGCAGGAAAAUGCGUAUACCAGCGCCACUGUCGGUAAUAUCAUAGCGGCUGUUGUCAUGAUAUAUUUCUUAUACAUGUUGUAUUUCGACUGGCUCAACAUUCACGACCACUUUGGAUCGAUCCGUCAACAGAUUUGGACGUUCCUACACUUUCCUUUCCACCUGCUCCUUGUUCUGAGUUUGGAAGGAACUUCACAGGUCAUCAUCAUCCGUAAAUUGGCAGAGGCUGUCCAAAUACUCAGUGACAAGUUCACUUCAGGACUCGCCAAAUUCAACGAUGACAGUGUUGAAUAUUCGAUGGACGACCUAGUAUCAACUGUCAACACAACGAUUCAAAGUAUUUUCGUGACUUACCAACCAACAUACGUAUCCACAAUCACCGAGGUACAGGACGGGCUAGAACAACUGAGUCAUGCGACGACUAAUUCAACAUUAGAAGAUGCUGUCACCGAUGUCCUUUCAACCGUCAUUAAUUCCAUCUAUGAAUCAUACGGGGUUGAACUUAGCGAGGAAGACACAGCGAACCUGACCAGUGCGGAGCAGAAUGAAAAGUAUGAGCACGCAUUCAGAGUUCUAUUUAUUUACUUUUUCGUUACUAUUGGCGGCACAAUUCUCCUCAUGAACCUCCUAAACUACCUCUCCAUUUCCCACAAAUCCUUCCCGCGUCUCUCCCUCGGUUCCUGGCUACGUCUCGCUUUCAAUAUCAUCGUCGGCGUCGCUCUCUGCGCUGUUGCAGGCAUAGCAAGAACCAAUGGUGCAACGGAUUACCUCGUCUCGCCGUGGGUUCUACCCACCAUUGCUUUGGCGCUGUUCUCGAUGUUGGUCGUGAACAAUUUUCGAAGCGCAACGCCACAUAAUACCACAGCGCAUGAUCUGGGAGGCGCUCAUGUUGCCUAUCAUCCGACUGAGGAGGAGAUGCAGCCUAUGGUGCAUAAUGUGAAUGGGGCCAUGGGAUACACUCCCCCCCCGCAACCUUAUCAGCCCUAUGGAGUGGGUCGAAAUGAUGGAUCGAAAUGA